AAGGUUGUGACGAGGAGAAACAGGAAUGUGACAAUCUCCUGCUUUCCAAGAAAUCCUCUAGCUCCUGUCCUCUGGAAACUGGAAGCCAUUUGCGAGGCUGAUAAUGAACCAUUGCUACAUGAGUACCCUCAAUACUUCUUCUUUCACCCACCAUCUCUGAGACACACAGUCACCUUCAAUGUCGAAACUGUUACUCGGUCAUUCCUUGUCACAUCUAGCCUUCAUUUCAACUGUGGGCUUGUUGAUGCCAACAAUGACAGAAAUAUUCUAAGUUCUAGGGACAUCACUUUAUAUGUCCAAGAAGAAACAAUA